UUCUCGAAACACGGAAAUCGAGCCGCUGAUUAUUUUCCGAGUAGUGCUGUUUUGUAUGCAAUCAAUCGCCGCAGUGAAUUAAACACGUUGAAAAUCAAAUUAAUAACAGUCGAAACGAAGGUCAUUGAAUUGAAUGAUUUGAAAUGGGCGACUCUUUAGACGGGUCUGGAGAUCCUUCUCCGGAGUCUCAAAACAUUGCAAUUGUAGAUUAUUCAACAUUCGUUAAUUAUCUGCGAAAAAUUGUCAAGAUUCUUCUUCCCGACGAGGAUGAGGUACCACCCAGUUUUAACCUCACUCUUGAGGACAAGAAUAGUCAAGAGUCUAUAAGAAAAUUUAUAAGCGACACCCAAGUUUGGGCUCUUUAUAUUCAAAGGAGUUCUAGCAAAGAAGAAGACAAUGGCGAAGGUGAAGAUGAAAAAGAAAACAUGACUUUCUAUGUUUCUAAUGAAAUUCAUUUUACAAACACCAAAAUGGCAUCAAUAGUUUUAAUAAAACGAGGCACUUUAGUAGAAGCUGAUAAACCUAUUCAUCCCCAAUUGCGCAUCGUCACACUUUCUGAUGGUCCCGCUUAUGAGACGCUGCAUGCCAUCAGCAAGACAAUGGCGCCGUACUUCAAGAGCUACGUCAAAGAAACCGGAAGAGCGGACAGGGACGGUGACAAGAUGGCGCCUUCCGUCGAAAAGAAGAUCGCAGAACUCGAAAUGGGUCUUUUGCAUUUACAACAGAAUAUUGAUAUUCCCGAAAUCUCUCUCCCCAUACAUCCGGUUGUCUUGCAAGUAAUUAAGCAGUGCAGCGACGAAAGCAGAAAACCGAAAGUAGCAGAUUUCGGCGAGAAGGUGGAAGACUCGACAUUCCUUAAUCAACUGCAAAACGGCGUCAACCGGUGGAUCAAAGAAAUUCAAAAGGUUACGAAACUAAAUCGUGACCCAGAAUCCGGCACAGCUCUGCAGGAAAUAUCAUUCUGGUUAAAUCUCGAGAGAGCCUUGCACAGAAUUCAAGAAAAGCGUGAGAGUUUGGAAAUCUCAUUAACUUUAGACAUUUUGAAACAUGGCAAACGUUUUCACGCAACUGUCAGCUUCGACACGGACACAGGUUUAAAACAGGCUCUUGCGACAGUAAAUGACUACAAUCCACUGAUGAAGGAUUUUCCAAUUAAUGAUCUUUUAUCGGCCACCGAACUUGAGAGAAUUCGUCUAGCAGUCCAACAAAUUUUCACUCACUUGAGAAAAAUUCGCAGCACUAAAUAUCCAAUACAGAGAGUAUUAAGAUUGGUGGAAGCAAUAUCCAGAGAUUUAGGACAACAAUUACUGAAAGUUCUCGGAACGCGGAGAUUGAUGCACAUUCCUUUCGAUGAUUUUGAGAAGGUAAUGGGUCAGUGUUUCGAAGUGUUCAAUACGUGGGACGAUGAGUACGACAAGCUGACUGGUUUGCUGAGGGAUGUUGUGAAGAAGAAGCGCGAUGAGCAUAUGAAAAUGGUCUGGCGUGUGUCUCCAGCGCACAAGAAACUUCAAACGAGAAUGGAGCACAUGCGGUGCUUCAGAAGACAACACGAGCAAUUGAGGACUGUCAUUGUCCGCGUACUGAGACCCACCAUCAGACAGAACAACAAUUCCACAAUUGAAAAUACCGAAGAUGAGAAUGUUGAAAUCGAGUUCGCUUUGGACGCGGCUGACGCGAAUGCCAUUGGAGAAGUGAACUUCGCCUACGAGAAUGUGAAAGAAGUCGAUUGUUUGGAUAUCACGAAAGAAGGUUUAGAAUCCUGGGAGGCUGCUGUGCACAGAUACGAGGAACGAAUCGAGCGCGUAGAGGCGCGCAUAACAGCACAUUUGAGAGAUCAGUUGGGGACGGCCAAGAACGCUAAUGAAAUGUUCAGAAUAUUUUCCAGAUUUAACGCCUUGUUCGUACGACCUCACAUUCGAGGAGCUAUUCGAGAAUACCAAACUCAAUUAAUACAAAGGGUGAAGGACGACAUCGAAGCGUUACAUGAAAAGUUUAAGGUUCAAUAUGCUCAAAGUAAAUGCUGUAGAAUGAGUUUAAUAAGAGAUUUACCACCGGUUGCUGGAUCUAUUAUAUGGGUGAAGCAAAUUGAUUACCAACUGACAAUGUACUUGAAACGUGUGGAAGAUGUUUUAGGUAAAGGAUGGGAAAAUCACAUAGAGGGACAGAAAUUAAAAGCAGAUGGAGACAGUUUUCGCACAAAACUUUCAACUCAGGAGAUUUUUGAUGAAUGGGCUCGCAAAGUGCAGCAACGUAAUAUUGGAGUAACUGGUCGAAUUUUCACCAUUGAAAGUGUGCGCUCACGGUUAGGACGAGGGAAUGUUUUAAAACUGAAAGUAAACUUUUUGCCAGAAAUUAUAACUCUCUCUAAGGAAGUAAGAAAUUUGAAGAAUCUUGGCUUCCGCGUACCGCUGGCGAUUGUUAACAAAGCUCAUCAAGCAAAUCAGCUGUACCCAUUUGCGAUCAGUUUGAUUGAGAGUAUUCGGACUUAUGAGAGGACUUUGGAGAAGAUUGAAGAUAAAGGAAAUAUUAUUCCUCUAGUAGCUGGCAUGCGAAAAGAAGUUUUAGUUCUUAUUUCUGAGGGUAUUGCUCUGGUGUGGGAAAGCUACAAAUUAGAUCAAUACGUACAACGACUGUCAGAUGUCGUCGUUUCAUUCCAAGAGAGAGUUGAAGAUCUUCUAGUAGUUGAAGAACAAUUGGACGUUGACGUACGCUCCUUAGAAACAUGCCCAUAUUCCGCAAAUACAUUUGCCGACAUUUUGUCGAAAAUUCAAAAAUCAGUCGACGAAUUGUCCUUGAAAAAUUAUUCCAAUUUACACAUUUGGGUCACGAAACUUGACGAGGAAGUGGAAAAGAAUUUAGCAACCAGAUUAGAGGCUGGCAUAAAAGCAUGGACCGACGCUCUUAUGGGUCAUAAGAAAGAAAUCGACUUGAGCAUGGACACAGACGCUCCCACUCUACCAACUCACAAACUCGGCGGCGAUCCCAAAAUUCAAAACCAAAUACACGAAGUGCGAAUCACGAACCAAACCAUGUACUUGUAUCCAAGCAUCGAGGACGCUCGAUUUCAAAUUAUGCAACAAUUAUUCGCUUGGCAGGCGAUCGUCACUUCACAAAUUCGACUGCAGAGUUCUAGGUAUCAGGUGGGACUUGACAAACCCGAGACGGGAACUUAUAGGAAUCUUUUGACAAAACUACCGUUGGGGAAAGUGCCCCUGGAAGCUGCUUAUGGUGCUAUAGAAACUAAGAUGAAAGACGUUGCGGUCUAUGUGGAUCAGUGGCUGAGAUACCAAGCUCUUUGGGAUUUGCAGCCGGAUAAUCUGUACGGGAAACUUGGGGAGGAUAUUGGUUUGUGGAUGAAGUGUUUGAAUGACAUUAAGAAGACGAGAACUACUUUCGAUACGUCGGACACUAGGAGAGAGUUCGGACCGAUUAUUAUCGAUUUCGCCAAAGUUCAGAGCAAGGUUUCUUUAAAAUACGAUUCUUGGCAUAAAGAAACUUUAGGGAAGUUCGGCACACUCCUGGGGCAUGAAAUGACUAGUUUCCACGCGCAGGUUUCAAAGUCGAGAAGCGACCUGGAGCAGCAGUCAAUAGAAGCUGCGAGCACGACCGACGCGGUUGGAUUCAUAACCUACGUUCAGUCGCUGAAACGAAAGAUGAAAGUUUGGGAGAAGCAGGUUGAUAUUUACCGAGAGGGGCAGAGAAUUUUGGAACGGCAGAGGUUUCAGUUUCCGUCUACUUGGCUGCACGUGGACAAUAUUGACGGAGAGUGGGGAGCCUUCAAUGAAAUUAUAAAGCGCAAGGACACUAACAUACAAACUCAGGUGGCUUCGUUGCAAAUGAAAAUUGUCGCAGAGGAUAAAGCGGUCGAAACCAGGACUACUGAUUUCCUGUCCGACUGGGAGAAGGGAAAACCCGUCGAGGGUCAUCUGCGGCCUGACGAUGCCCUCCAACAACUGCAGAUGUUUGAGAGCAAAUUUGCAAGAUUAAAAGAAGAGAGGGAUAAUGUCACCAAAGCCAAAGAGGCUUUAGAACUGCAAGAACCGGGAUCAACUUCCGCGAGUGAGGACAGAAUGCAAGUAAUCUUCGAGGAACUUCAAGACCUGAGAGGAGUGUGGUCCGAAUUAUCGAGAAUUUGGACCCAAAUUGAUGAAACGAGAGAAAAGCCGUGGUUGUCGGUUCAGCCGAGAAAACUGCGCCAGCAACUGGACACGAUGAUGAGUCAACUGAAGGAACUCCCGGCGAGACUGAGACAAUACUCCUCCUACGAAUACGUAAAGAAAAUGCUGCAGAGUUACACGAAGGUCAAUAUGCUGAUUGUUGAACUCAAAUCAGAUGCCUUGAAGGAGAGACACUGGAAGCAGCUCACGAAGCAGUUGAGAGUCAGUUGGGUACUCAGUGAACUUACUCUCGGUCAAGUGUGGGACGUGAAUUUACAGAAGAACGAAGGGAUCGUCAAGGACAUUAUCCUAGUGGCCCAAGGUGAAAUGGCCCUUGAAGAGUUUCUCAAACAGGUGCGUGAAUCUUGGCAGACGUACGAAUUGGACCUUAUAAACUACCAGAACAAAUGUCGUCUAAUUCGCGGCUGGGACGAUUUGUUCAACAAAGUCAAAGAGCAUAUUAACUCCGUAGCUGCAAUGAAACUGUCUCCUUACUACAAAGUUUUCGAAGAAGAAGCUCUAACCUGGGAGGAGAAGCUAAACAGAAUAAAUGCUUUAUUUGAUGUCUGGAUAGACGUUCAAAGACGCUGGGUCUACUUAGAGGGCAUAUUUUCCGGAAGUGCGGAUAUCAAAACCCUCCUGCCGGUUGAGACAUCACGCUUUCAGAGCAUAAGUUCGGAAUUUCUUGGCCUAAUGAAAAAAGUUUCCAAAUCGCCAAUGGUGAUGGAUGUCCUGAACAUUCCCGGUGUUCAAAGAGCUUUGGAACGUCUUGCCGAUCUUUUGGGCAAAAUACAAAAAGCACUGGGAGAAUAUCUAGAACGUGAGAGGACAUCUUUUCCCAGAUUUUACUUUGUCGGUGACGAGGAUUUAUUGGAAAUUAUCGGUAACAGUAAAAAUGUUGCCAGACUUCAGAAGCAUUUCAAGAAAAUGUUCGCUGGCGUCGCUUCUAUCCUGUUGAACGAAGAUAAUACGGUUAUUACCGGAAUUGCUUCUCGAGAAGGCGAAGAGGUGAAAUUUCAAAAUCCGGUGUCGACCGUCGAUUAUCCGAAAAUCAACGAAUGGUUGACUUUAGUGGAGAAGGCAAUGAGAGUCACACUCGCUUCAAGUCUCAUGAAAGCCGUGCAAGACAUUAAACAAUUCAAAGAAGGGAAUAUAAAUCCACACGCUUUCAUGACCUGGUGCGACAACUAUCAGGCGCAGAUCAUCGUUCUGGCAGCGCAGAUUCUUUGGUCCGAGGAUGUCGAAGCUGCUCUACACGAGGCUCAAGCUGUUAACAAUAGCAGUCCCUUGGAGAAGGUUUUGGUCCAGGUCGAAGGGACUUUGAAUAUUCUGGCAGACUCUGUCCUGCAGGAACAGCCUUCGUUGAGAAGAAAGAAGUUGGAACAUUUGAUCAAUGAAUUCGUGCACAAACGCACAGUGACCAGGAGGCUUAUUGCGAACAAAGUGUCCAACCCAAAGGCUUUCGAAUGGCUAUGUGAGAUGAGGUUUUACUUCGACCCCAGACAGACGGACGUUCUCCAGCAACUGACGAUACACAUGGCGAAUGCGAAGUUCUACUACGGCUUUGAAUAUCUCGGCGUGCAAGACAGAUUGGUACAAACUCCUCUCACCGACAGGUGUUACCUGACAAUGACUCAGGCCUUGGAGGCGCGUUUGGGAGGUUCGCCUUUCGGACCCGCAGGCACUGGAAAAACUGAAUCUGUCAAAGCCUUGGGGCAUCAACUCGGCAGAUUUGUUUUGGUCUUCAAUUGUGAUGAAACGUUUGACUUCCAGGCUAUGGGUCGCAUCUUCGUCGGACUUUGUCAAGUCGGUGCUUGGGGAUGUUUCGACGAGUUCAAUCGCUUAGAAGAGCGAAUGUUGUCAGCCGUCUCGCAACAGGUGCAGACUAUCCAGGAAGCUCUGAAGAGUCAAAUGGAAGGCAAAAAGGAAGGAACUUUGUGUGUCGAAUUGGUUGGAAAACAAGUGAAAGUGUCAACCGACAUGGCGAUAUUCAUCACGAUGAACCCUGGCUAUGCCGGCAGGUCCAAUCUGCCAGACAAUUUGAAAAAAUUGUUUAGAUCCCUGGCUAUGACUACUCCAGAUCGUCAGUUAAUCGCUGAAGUCAUGCUUUUCAGUCAAGGUUUCAGAACAGCCGAGAAGUUAGCUUGCAAAAUUGUGCCAUUCUUUAAGUUGUGUGACGAACAGCUGUCGAAUCAAUCUCACUACGACUUCGGUCUACGUGCACUCAAGUCCGUGCUGAUUUCUGCCGGAAAUGUGAAACGAGACCGCAUACAAAAAAUUAAGGAGGGAAUGAAGAACCGUGGUGAUGUAGACAUUGAUGAGGCAUCAAUUGCUGAAAACUUACCUGAGCAGGAGAUUUUAAUUCAAUCUGUUUGUGAAACAUUGGUUCCGAAAUUAGUAGCAGAAGAUAUUCCCUUAUUGUUCAGUUUAUUGAAUGAUGUCUUUCCAAAUGUUGGCUACACUCGUGCUGAGAUGAAAGGAUUGAAGGAUCAAAUUCGAAAAGUAUGUGCUGAAGAAUUCCUUGUUUGCGGAGAAGGAGAUGAGCAGGGAGGUGCCUGGCAAGAGAAGGUUCUCCAAUUGUACCAAAUUUGCAAUCUGAACCACGGCUUAAUGAUGGUCGGACCAAGUGGCUCUGGUAAAAGUAUGGCAUGGAAAGUUUUGCUGAAAGCUUUGGAGAGGUUCGAAGGAGUCGAAGGAGUAGCUCACGUGAUUGAUCCAAAAGCAAUCAGCAAGGAGACAUUGUACGGAGUACUAGACCCAAAUACUCGAGAAUGGACCGAUGGGUUAUUCACACACAUUCUCAGAAAAAUUAUAGAUAAUGUCAGAGGCGAAAUUAACAAAAGACAGUGGAUCAUUUUCGACGGAGAUGUUGAUCCGGAAUGGGUUGAAAAUCUAAACUCGGUGCUUGAUGAUAAUAAACUUUUGACACUCCCGAAUGGUGAACGCCUCAGUUUGCCACCGAAUGUGAGAGUCAUGUUCGAAGUGCAGGACCUCAAGUACGCAACGUUGGCCACUGUCUCAAGAUGUGGAAUGGUCUGGUUCUCCGAAGACGUCCUGUCGACUGAAAUGAUUUUCGAAAACUAUAUGCUGAGGUUGAGAAGCAUUCCAUUGGAGGAUGGAGAUGAGGAGAACAUAAGUAAAAAGGCUUCGGAUAAGGAAGACUCCCUGUCGCCUGCUCUCUCCGUCCAACGGGAGGUGGCUUGCAUUUUGCAGAGUUACUUUGCACCUGACGGAUUGGUGGUCAAGUGCAUGGAAUACGCGAUGAGACAGGAGCACAUAAUGGACUUCACUCGACUACGCGCGCUUAGUUCCCUGUUCUCCAUGCUGAACCAAGCGGUUCGCAACGUCUUGCUGUACAACCAUGCCCACGUCGACUUUCCUUUGCCGAGCGAGCAGUUGGAGCGCUACAUGCCCAAGUGCCUCGUUUACGCUCUACUCUGGAGUUUCGCGGGCGACGCCAAAUUGAAGGUCAGGUCCGACGUCGGAGACUUCAUCAGAUCCAUUACCACUAUACCUUUACCGACGUUGAGCAACGUGCCCAUCAUAGACUUUGAAGUCAACAUACAUGGCGAAUGGCUACUGUGGAGCAACAAAGUGCCCCAGAUUGAAGUCGAAACCCAUAAAGUGGCAAGUCCCGACAUAGUGGUUCCGACCCUGGACACUGUGAGGCAUGAAAGUCUACUGUACACCUGGUUGGCUGAGCACAAACCACUUGUUCUUUGCGGCCCUCCAGGUUCUGGUAAAACUAUGACUCUCUUCUCUGCUCUACGUGCUCUCCCAGACAUGGAAGUCGUUGGGUUGAAUUUCUCUUCUGCGACGACUCCGGAGUUGCUGUUGAAAACUUUUGACCAUUACUGCGAAUACCGUAAGACUCCUAACGGAGUUGUUCUUUCGCCGGUUCAACUGGGCAAAUGGCUGGUCUUGUUUUGUGACGAAAUAAACUUGCCUGAUAUGGACAAUUAUGGUACGCAGAGAGUUAUUUCCUUUUUGAGGCAAUUGGUGGAGCACAAGGGAUUCUAUCGCACUAGUGAUCAAACGUGGGUGACUUUGGAAAGAAUUCAGUUUGUGGGUGCUUGUAAUCCACCUACUGAUCCCGGAAGGAAGCCUUUGAGUCACAGAUUUUUGCGCCAUGUGCCAGUGAUAUAUGUCGAUUAUCCGGGCGAAACAUCGCUGAAGCAGAUUUAUGGAACUUUUACGCGAGCAAUGCUCAGAUUGACACCUUCGUUAAGAGGAUUUUCCGAAUCUUUAACGAAUGCCAUGGUCGAGUUUUAUUUGGCCUCUCAAGAAAGAUUCACUCAAGACAUGCAGCCACAUUAUGUUUAUUCUCCCCGCGAAAUGACGCGAUGGGUUCGUGGUAUUUGCGAGGCAAUCCGACCAUUGGAUAAUCUUUCCGUCGAAGGCUUGGUGCGAUUGUGGGCUCAUGAAGCUUUGCGUUUAUUCCAAGACCGACUGGUUGAUGACACUGAACGAGCUUGGACCAAUAAGAACAUUGAUUUUGUUGCUAUGAAACAUUUUAUUGGCGUCGAUAAAGAGAAAGCACUUUCGAGACCAAUUCUCUACAGCAACUGGCUUUCUAAAGAUUAUAUUCCAGUGAAUAGACAAGAAUUGAGGGAUUACGUUAGAGCGAGACUCAAGGUUUUCUACGAAGAAGAGUUGGAUGUUCCGCUAGUGCUUUUCGAUGAAGUAUUGGAGCAUGUUUUGAGAAUUGACAGAAUAUUCCGUCAACCUCAAGGACACUUGCUGCUGAUCGGAGUCUCAGGUGCUGGCAAAACGACACUAUCAAGAUUCGUUGCGUGGAUGAAUGGACUGUCCAUUUUCCAAAUAAAGGUGCAUAACAAGUACACUGGUGAAGACUUUGACGAGGACUUGCGUCAAGUAUUGAGGCGGUCCGGUUGUAAGGAUGAGAAGAUAGCUUUCAUUUUAGACGAGUCGAAUGUUCUCGAUUCUGGCUUUUUGGAACGAAUGAAUACACUGCUGGCGAAUGGAGAGGUUCCAGGAUUAUUUGAGGGCGACGAGUACACGACACUGAUGACUCAGUGCAAGGAGGGAGCGCAAAGGGAGGGCCUCAUGUUGGAUUCGAACGAGGAAUUGUACAAAUGGUUCACUGGACAGGUCAUGAAGAAUUUACACGUCGUAUUCACGAUGAAUCCAAACACUGAUGGUCUGAAGGACAGAGCCGCGACGUCGCCAGCCCUGUUCAACAGAUGUGUGUUGAACUGGUUUGGAGACUGGUCCGACAAUGCUCUCUUCCAGGUUGGAAAAGAAUUCACGAGUCGAAUUGAUUUGGAGAGGCCGUCUUGGAGAUCUCCGGACUUCUUCCCCUCAGCUUGCUCCUUGAUUACAGCACAGCCAUCUCACAGAGACGCCGUGAUCAACGCCUUCGUUUAUGUGCACCAAACUCUGCACAAAGCCAACACGAGAUUGGCGAAGAGAGGCAGCAGAACAAUGGCUAUUACGCCAAGACACUAUUUGGACUUUAUUAAUCAUUUCGUUAAACUCUAUCGAGAGAAACGAAGCGACUUGGAGGAACAGCAAUUGCAUUUGAAUGUGGGAUUAAGUAAAAUUGCUGAGACUGUCGAGCAAGUUGAAGAAAUGCAGAAAAGCUUAGCUGUCAAAUCUCAGGAACUACAAGCGAAAAAUGAUGCAGCAAAUGCAAAAUUGAGGCAAAUGGUUAAAGAUCAACAAGAAGCGGAAAAGAAAAAAGUUCAAAGUCAAGAAAUUCAACAACAAUUAGCUAUUCAAACGGUAGCUAUUGAUCAGAAGCGCGAAGAUGUCAUGGCAGAUUUAGCACAAGUGGAACCAGCUGUGAUUGACGCACAAAAUGCUGUGAAAUCUAUAAAGAAACAACAUUUAGUAGAAGUUCGAUCUAUGGCGAAUCCUCCCGCUGUUGUCAAACUCGCAUUAGAAUCAAUCUGUCUCCUGUUGGGCGAAAACGCAAGUGAUUGGAAGUCCAUUCGAGCUGUUAUCAUGAGAGACAAUUUCAUUAACACCAUCGUUUCCAAUUUCAGUACAGAUGAUAUUACUGACGAAGUUAGAGAGAAAAUGAAAAGUCGUUACCUUUCAAAUCCAGAUUACAAUUUCGAGAAAGUAAAUCGUGCCAGUAUGGCUUGUGGUCCUAUGGUAAAGUGGGCAAUAGCACAGAUUGAAUAUGCUGACAUGUUGAAACGAGUUGAACCAUUGCGGGAUGAAUUGCAUUCUCUCGAGCGUCAAGCAGAAACGAAUAAGUUGAAAGGCGAAGAGGUGAAAAAUUUGAUCGCCCAACUAGAGCAAAGUAUUGCGUCUUACAAGGAAGAAUAUGCACAAUUAAUUUCACAAGCGCAAGCUAUUAAGACGGAUUUGGAAAAUGUCCAAGGAAAAGUUGAUCGCUCAAUUGCACUACUAAAGUCGUUGGUGAUUGAAAGAGAAAGAUGGGAAACGACAAGUGAAACAUUCAGAAGCCAAAUGUCGACAAUAAUAGGCGACGUUCUUCUUUCCUCUGCAUUCCUAGCGUACGCUGGAUACUUUGACCAACAUUAUCGUCAAAAUCUGUUUACCACUUGGUGUCAGCACUUGCAACAUGCGAAUAUCCAAUUCAGACCUGACAUCGCGAGAACUGAAUAUCUGUCCAACCCUGACGAGCGCUUACGCUGGCAAGCAAAUGCGCUACCGACUGACGACUUGUGCACGGAAAAUGCUAUUAUGUUGAAACGAUUCAACAGGUACCCGUUGAUUAUCGAUCCUUCGGGUCAAGCAACCGAAUUCAUAAUGAACGAAUUCAAAGAUCGUAAGAUCACAAAAACCAGCUUUUUAGACGACUCGUUCAGGAAGAAUUUGGAGAGCGCCUUAAGAUUUGGCAAUCCUUUGCUAGUGCAGGACGUGGAGAAUUACGAUCCCGUUUUAAAUCCAGUUUUGAAUAGAGAAUUAAGACGAACGGGCGGUCGUGUUUUGAUUACACUCGGCGAUCAAGACAUCGAUCUAUCGCCAUCUUUCGUCAUCUUUCUUUCGACGAGAGAUCCGACUGUUGAAUUCCCUCCCGACAUUUGUUCUCGUGUUACUUUCGUCAACUUCACAGUUACCAGAAGUUCGUUGCAGAGCCAAUGCCUGAACCAAGUGCUCAAGGCAGAACGACCCGACAUCGACGAAAAGAGAUCUGAUCUACUGAAACUGCAGGGAGAAUUCCAUCUUAGAUUGAGACAGUUGGAGAAGUCGUUACUUCAAGCACUGAAUGAUGCGAAGGGGAAAAUUCUGGACGACGAUUCGGUUAUUACGACUUUGGAGACAUUGAAACAAGAAGCGGCGGAUAUUAGCAAGAAAGUCGAGGAAACGGAUAAGGUCAUUGCGGAAAUUGAAACCGUGUCUCAGCAGUACAUGCCAUUGUCCCAAGCUUGUUCGAACAUCUACUUCACUAUGGAUAGUUUGAAUCAAAUUCAUUUCCUCUACCAAUAUUCGUUGAAGAUGUUUUUGGACAUUUUCACGUCAGUUCUGUCGCAGAAUGAAAAGUUGGCGGCGUUGACGGACUACACUCAGAGACUUUCGGUGAUAACGAACGAUCUCUUCUCGGCUUGUUACGAACGAGUGGCUAGGGGAAUGCUGCAUACGGACCGAUUGACCUUCGCUCUGUUAUUGUGUCGUAUUCACUUGAAAGGAAUCUCUAGUGAGUCGACGUACGACAAUGAAUUUGCUUUCUUCCUCCGAGGCAAGGAGGGCGUGCUCAGUAUUCGCGGACAGCCGGUUCUUUGUCUAGGAUCGGAGCAACAGGAAGCGAUGGUCAGGCUGAGUCUAAGAAUCCCGGCCUUUAAGAAUCUUGCUAACGUUAUUCAAGAGAAUUCCGAGUUUAACAAGUGGUUGCAGUGUCCCACGCCGGAGACGUGUGUUCCCAAACUCUGGGAGGAAGAGAAGCCUCUCUCGCCCAUAGGAGUCGCCAUGUAUCAGUUGCUGGUUAUUCAGGCCUUCAGGCCAGACCGGGUGAUUGCUGCCACGUCGCUAUUUGUAAGCUCUGCGUUAGGAGAGACGUUUAUGGCCGAAGCGGAAAUUGAAUUGGACUUUGGCUCCGUUGUUGAGAAUCAAUUGAAAGCAACAGUCCCAGCGUUGUUGUGCUCAGUUCCUGGAUAUGAUGCGUCCGGCAGGGUUGACGAUUUAGCGGCGGAGUUGGGUAAGCAGAUUGCCAGUAUCGCCAUUGGUUCGGCGGAAGGUUUCCAUCAAGCGGACAGAGCUAUUAAUAUGGCAGUCAAAGCUGGCAGGUGGGUGCUUUUGAAGAAUGUGCAUCUUGCUCCUCAGUGGUUGGUGCAGCUAGAGAAGAAGCUGCACAGCCUGUCGCCGCACACGAGUUUCCGUCUCUUCCUCACCAUGGAGAUAAACCCCAAGGUUCCUGUCAAUUUGUUGAGAGCUGGUCGCAUUUUCGUCUAUGAACCGCCUCCAGGCAUCAGGGCGAACUUACUGCGCACGUUCAGCACCGUCCCGGCUUCGCGAAUGAUGAAAGUACCUAGCGAAAGAGCGAGGCUGUACUUCCUGCUCGCCUGGUUCCACGCCAUUGUUCAGGAGCGACUCCGCUACGUUCCUCUCGGAUGGGCCAAGUACUACGAAUUCAACGAGAGUGAUUUACGAGUCGCUUGUGAUACGUUGGACACUUGGAUAGAAACCACAGCCAUGGGCAGGACUAAUCUCCCACCGGAGAAGGUCCCCUGGGAUGCUCUGGUCACCCUCCUGUCUCAGUGCAUUUACGGUGGAAAGAUUGACAACGACUUCGAUCAACGUUUGCUGGCUUCAUUCCUGCGCAAGCUGUUCACACCUCGUUCGUUUGAAGCUGACUUUGCGCUGGUUGCGAAUGUCGACGGAGUGCAGAGCAACCAACGCCACAUUACGAUGCCCGACGGCACCAGACGUGACCACUUCUUAAAGUGGAUCGAACUGCUCUCUGAUCGGCAAACACCUUCCUGGCUCGGUCUGCCGAACAAUGCCGAGAAAGUGCUACUGACUACAAGAGGAACAGACCUCGUGUCGAAACUUUUGAAAAUGCAGCAAUUAGAAGACGAGGACGAAUUGGCGUACUCGAACGACGAAUCGCUAGACUUGCCUGGCGAGGCUGAAGGCGAUGGUCGCCCUUCGUGGAUGAGGACUUUGCACAACUCGGCUACCACUUGGUUGCAAUUGCUUCCUAAAAACUUGGCUACUCUGAAAAGAACUGUCGAAAAUAUUAAAGAUCCAUUGUACAGAUAUUUCGAGCGAGAGGUCAACAGUGGGUCCAAGCUGCUUCAAGAUGUUAUUCACGAUUUGGAAGACGUUGUACUUAUUUGCCAGGGUGAAAAGAAGCAAACCAACUAUCAUCGGACUAUACUGUCGGAAUUAAUAAAAGGCAUUUUACCCAGCGGUUGGAGAAGGUAUACUGUGCCAAGAGGAUGCACUGUCAUACAAUGGAUUACAGAUUUUAGCCACAGAGUCUCUCAGUUGCAGGAAGUUUCAAGACUAGUGUCACAAGGUGGAGCAAAAGAAAUCAAGAGUUUUCCUGUUUGGUUGGGAGGACUACUAAAUCCGGAAGCAUAUAUAACAGCCACUAGGCAGUGCAUCGCUCAAGCUAAUAGUUGGUCUCUCGAAGAACUCCAUUUGGAUGUUAUGAUCGGAGACGGUGACAACUUAGCAACCGAUGACUGCUCCUUCGCCGUCACUGGCCUCAAAUUACAAGGGGCACACUGCAAGGAUAAUCAGUUGUAUCUCACCUCCACUAUUAUGACAGACCUACCUGUGACUAUGCUACGAUGGAUUCGGUCCUCGAAUGAGGAAACUAAGAAAGGAAAAUUGACAUUACCCGUUUACUUGAACAGUACAAGGACAGAAUUAUUAUUUACAGUAGACUUGAACAUUGCUCCAAGUCAAGAUCCACACAGUUUUUACGAAAGAGGUGUUGCAGUGCUUACUUCUACUGCUUUAAAUUAACUUCAAUUUUAUGAAACAACAUUUAUUUAUUAUUCUAUCAAAUAUUGCUACUCUGCCUUUUAGAUUUGUUUAUAUCUGCAGUUUUAUGUAUCAUUGUUUCAAUAACAUUAAUUUUAAUAAAUGAUGAAAUCUUCAUCAAACGAUAA